AUGUAUUCACAUGUAUUCACUUAUCUUUAUGAUUUGCGCGUAGAAAAAUUGUAUAAACUAGAUCAGCAUAUUGGAUUUGUUAAAGGUGUCACAUGGGAUCCUGUGGGCGAAUAUCUUGCAACUGAGUCUGAUGAUAAAACUGUUAAAAUAUGGCGAACCACUGAUUGGUCCGUGCAAGCUGAAAUCAGCGAACCAUAUACUAGCUCUCCCACAACUACUUUUUACCGCGCGGUACCCAUUGCUGCUAUAUUUAAUCGAGGCGAAUGGCGUACUGAUAUAUCUUUGGUGGGACAUGAUUCUGCAAUCGAAGUCGUGGUUAGUAUUAGCUUUGCUUUACUUACAAAUAGACCAAUGACUGAAGUCUUAGCGUUUAAUCCAGUUCUUUUUAUGAUACCUGACAGUGAUGACGCUGACCCCAAUUCCGCAACCAUGGGUAGUGUAUGUGCUGUUGGAAGUCAAGACCAUAGUAUUUCUGUAUGGGUAACGAGAAAUGCCCGUCCACUCUUUGUUUGUCAAAAACCUUUUGACCAUAGCGUAUUGGAUUUAGCAUGGUCACCUGAUGGUACACAGCUUUAUGCGUGCUCUUAUGAUGGUACUGUGGUCGUCUUACAAUUCCUUAAUAAAGAAUUUGGCACUCGAGUGUCUGAGGAAGAACAUGAGAAACUCCUUACAAAAUAUGGAUUCACAGCGAAAGAACCGAUCGUUCUCGAAAGCACUACUCAACUUAAUUUAGAAAGUGAAUAUGCGAUUGCAAAACGUAAAGAGAAAUCGGAUCAUAUGGCUAAUAUGAUGGAGCCUAUGGGUUCUACAACCGUUGAUAUGGACAUUAGUACUUCUGAACCAAGCAAUAACUUAACCAUUGAUUCAAAAACUACUGAUUUUGGAUCUUCAAGUGUUCCGUCACAACCAUUACCCUCGGAAGAAACGCAACAACCAAUUAAUAAUGAAAUAUCUACAAACAUCAAUGGGGCAUCGACUUCAACAUCUAACACAAUCACAAGUACAGCUAUACAUCAGCAAACCGUUACUAUGACAAAAGACGGUAGCGAAAUGGAUGCUCCUUCUCGCGCUUUGCCACCUGGUGGAAUUCCUACCUUGGUUAUUGGGAAUAAACGAAGUGCACCAUCAGAUACAACUUCUCAAUCUAGCAAGCGACAAAACAUAUCUGGCAAGAUGCAAUCAGAAGUUGAACCUCAACCAAGUAUUUUAAGAUCAUCUCUAGUCUCCCCAUCCGUUGCAAUGUCACAAGUAAGAUUAGCUACUCAUAAAGUUUUGAGUUACCUUGCUAAGGAUCGUCUCGAUGGUGCAUCAUUAAAAUUAGAAUGCUACAAUUUUAAUGAAAAUACACCAUCUCAAAUAAUGUGUACUCGUGGUAAAACCACUGUAUGGUUUGAUUAUGUCCCGAGUGGGGUGAUACUUAUUACCGGCCAUUCUCAAUAUUCCGCUGUUGCUUGUGAAGAUGAAGUUGGUGAAGUUAAUGGUGGCGGUAUAUUGGCUUCUCUUGAAAAUUACGCAAGGCAAGGAGGCGUAAAAAAUCUUGGAUCGUUGUCACAUUUGAGACGAUUCAGCGGAAAUGAUACUCCAGGACAACCAAAUCAUCUGAUUGGUUAUUUGGAAAAUCAACUGGUUUCCGCUGAAUUAGUCAAUUCUCCUGCAGAGUAUAAAAAAUUGUUGUUCCAGUAUGCCCAGAAAAUAGCCGAUGAAGAAGCAGAGUAUAGAUUACACGAAUUAUGUAUUCAAUUGCUUGGGCCUACAAACAAGCAAAAGAUUUUGGAAGUCGUGCAAAAUCAAAUUGGGAUCCAUUUUUAA